CAAAGUCAACAUAAUUUUAUUUCUUGUCACUGUCACUUGCAAUAGAUUACGUUUACGCUUUCAAGAUCCGGUGAUUCGGUCUUUCGGUGGAUACAAAGUUGCAGAACUUUUCUGGGGUAGAUAUCAAUUUUACUACAACUCGAAAUGAAACCUCGCGGUGGUGGUGGUGGCGAUGAUUUUGAAGAGCCAGAGCACACCAGAAAGCUUUUCAUAGGAGGCUUAGAUUACAGAACAACAGAUUCCUCGUUGAAGGAAUUUUAUGAGCAAUGGGGGGAAAUAGUUGAUGUGGUGGUGAUGAAGGACCCCCAAACAAAGAGAUCUCGAGGGUUUGGUUUCAUCACAUAUUCUCAUGCUCAUAUGGUAGAUGAUGCACAGAAGAACAGGCCACAUAAAAUUGAUGGAAGAGUGGUGGAACCAAAGCGAGCCGUUCCUAGAGAGGAAAUUAACAGGCCAGAUGCUAGUGCUACAGUAAAAAAGUUGUUUGUUGGUGGUUUGAAACAGGAUAUUGAGGAGGAGGACUUAAAAGAGUACUUCAGUUCAUAUGGCAGCAUUUUGUCUGUUAUUCUUGUGACUGAGAAGGACACUGGCAAGAAGAGAGGCUUUGGAUUUGUUGAGUUUGAUGACUAUGACCCUGUAGAUAGGAUAUGCUUACAACAAAAUCACAAAGUGAAAGGGCACAGGAUAGACGUGAAGAAGGCGUUAUCGAAGUCGGAGAUUGGUGGAGGGGGCGGAGGCGACCGGGGCAGUGGUGGCAGCCGGCGAGGGGGCCGGGGUGGCUGGGGCAACCGACAGGGCAACCAGGAUUGGGGCAACUCUGGAUACAACCAAGGCGGUUGGAACAACCAGUCGAAUCCAUGGGAGAAUUCCGGUGGCAAUUGGAACCAAGGUUACGGAAAUCAGGGUGGAUGGAAUCAGGGCGGCGAUAACUUUGGCAGCGGAUACCAACAGGAUUUUGGUGGCGGUCCAAUGCGACCCAAUUUCAAUGCGCAGAGACAGCAGCCGUAUGGCGGUGGUGGUUACAACACAAGCGGGGGCGGCGGUGCUAACUUCGGAAAUGCGCCCACUGGCAAUCCGCGAAGAUUUUAACCUACAGUCUUGUAUCAAGUUGCGCUUAGAUGAAACUAGGCAGGAAGUUAGUGUAGGACAAACGACAUGGUGUCAGGGCCGAGAGGAUCUGCAAUUUUAGGCAGGUUAAGGUUUGUGCAUAAGUGAGGAAUUUUUCACAGCACACAAAUCACAGUUUUUACAUGCUUCAAUUACACUGUCCAAUUAAUAAUUAAGUUUGACAUGAAGUCUUUUUACGUUUUUUUUUCUGUAAAAACUGUGCAUACGUUCCUAGGUAGUAAGGUAUAUAAUACAGAUGAGAUAGUGACCAUUUUUUGACAUUCCAAAACUUUACUGAUUGCUAGAUAUGGUAUUUUUAAUUUAUCUGAAAUGAAGUUUAAUAAGUCGUCUUGAGAUAUUGUCUAUGGUAUGUGUUUUAAUGUUAGGUUAAUGUAUUAUAAGAAAAGUUGAUGAUUCCUUUUAAUUACGAUUCAUUGUUACUCGGUUGUUUCAAAUUUUAUUUCACGUUAUUAUAAGAAUUUAUGUAGAAUAAGAUAUUCUGAUUGUUUGGUGUUGUGUGCAUUAUUAAAAUAAAAAAAAAACUGUGUUCCAUGGACUCUUCUACGCGUGAGUCACCGAUCGUGGAAAAGGCCAUGGUAAGUUAAUAUUUUGAUGGAAAUAAACGUACGCAAUAAAU